AUGUCCCUUAGCAAAAUCUUCAAUGGUACUCCGGUGAACUACGCAGAUGUUCAACCAUCCGGUCCUCCAAAACCAUUUACUGAUCAACAACCAAAGGCAAACACGAUCGUUUUCGAAUCCACGCUCACGGAGAAAUGUUGGAUUAACGCCUUCCCACGCGCGAAAAUCCAUUCGAACGAGCAAGCUACUUGGUCUAAUGGUCUGGCAAGAGGCGACUCGAAGAGAAGGAGUGAUUGA